CCUUUAGACCACUUCAAAUUCUAUCUGUAUGUAGAGAGUCUGUUCUGAUGCAACUUACAAGAUAUGGGAUGGCGGGGAAGAAAAUAACAUAAGGCUUCUUAGAUCCUGCACCAGGCUGAAAUGAAGACCUUGUAGACUGAAGAAAGCUGAGUGCACCACGCCUUCACUGCAGAGAAAGGAAGUAUUGGCCUACCCUACCAACUUACAUGCAGACAGCUUUUGGUAGCUUUACAUAUACUGUUGCUACCCUGCAAAGGCACAGCUCUUGCUUCUUUCAAUACACAUGGAGGAAGGCAGCAAAAUAUGUAACCCUGGCUAAUAAGACUGUGGCUUUCCUAUGAAAAGCAAGAGGUAGGCCAAUUAUAAAAGGAUUAUUUUGCAUUUAGCUUCCAAGACUUUACCUCUUGCCCGAACACUGGACACAAAUAGAAACCAAUUUCAACAACCUACAUUUUUCCUACCUGUGCUUUAGCAUUGUUGUUAUUUCUCCUUCUUUGGAAAUUUGUUUCUUUUAAGUUAGAAAUGGGCCCAUGGACUAGAAUGUGGCCCUCAGAUGGGGCUGUUUUCCUGAAAUCAUGGCUCAUAUUUUCCUUGGGGCUCUACAUGCAGGUUUCCAAAACUCUGGCCUGUCCAAAAGUGUGCCGCUGUGACCGAAACUUUGUCUAUUGUAAUGAACGAAGCUUGACCUCAGUGCCUCUUGGGAUACCGGAGGGUGUAACCGUACUCUACCUCCACAAUAACCAAAUUAAUAAUGCUGGAUUCCCUGCAGAGUUGCAUAAUGUCCAGUCUGUGCACACGGUCUACCUAUAUGGCAACCAAUUGGAUGAAUUUCCCAUGAAUCUGCCCAAGAAUGUCAGGGUUCUCCACCUGCAGGAAAACAACAUUCAGACUAUUUCUCGGGCUGCCCUGGCUCAGCUCUUGAAGUUGGAAGAGCUGCAUCUGGAUGACAACUCCAUCUCUACUGUAGGUGUUGAGGAUGGGGCAUUUCGUGAAGCUAUCAGCCUCAAGCUUCUGUUUUUGUCCAAGAAUCAUUUAAGCAGUGUACCAGUAGGCCUUCCAGUGGACUUACAAGAACUACGAGUUGAUGAAAACAGAAUUGCCGUUAUUUCAGACUUGGCUUUCCAGAAUCUUACAAGCUUGGAACGUCUGAUUGUGGAUGGCAAUCUCCUUACCAAUAAAGGCAUUGCUGAGGGCACCUUCAGCCACCUAUCGAAUCUCAAGGAAUUCUCAAUAGUACGGAAUUCACUAACUUACCCUCCCCCUGAUCUUCCAGGUACACAUCUGCUGAGGCUCUACCUGCAGGACAACCAGAUAAACCACAUACCACUUACAGCCUUUUCAAACCUUCACAAGUUGGAGCGGCUUGAUAUUUCUAACAAUUAUCUCCGGAUGCUGGUGAGAGGGGUCUUUGAUAACCUCCACAACCUGAAGCAACUUACUGUGAGGAAUAAUCCCUGGUUAUGUGACUGCAGUAUUAAAUGGGUCACUGAGUGGCUCAAAUUUAUUCCCUCAUCCAUCAAUGUCCGGGGCUUUAUGUGCCAGGGACCAGAACAGGUCCGAGGUAUGGCAGUCAGGGAGCUCAAUAUGAAUAUGUUGUCAUGCCCAACCACCACUCCUGGUCUGCCACUUGUCACCCCAGCUCCUGGUAUAACCUUGCCAACCACACUGGGUCCUACUUCAUCAAUUCCAACCCUGAGUAGCAAAUACACCCCUCUCACACCCGCCACUUCCACGCUCCCCACUGUGCCUACCAGGGAGGACAAAGAAAGGGUGACACCUCCCAUUUCUGAACGGAUUCAACUCUUCAUUCAUUUUGUGAAUGACACUUGUAUUCAAGUUAACUGGAUGUCCUUUUUUACUGUCAUGUCCUACAAACUCACAUGGGUUAAAAUGGGCCACAGUCCAGUAGGGGGCAUUGUUCAGGAACAGAAAGUUAGUGGUGAGAAACAACACUUAAGCCUGGUAAAUCUGGAGCCCAAAUCCACUUAUCGGAUUUGUUUGGUUCCACUGUAUGCUUAUAAUAAUUACUGGGCUGGAGAAGACACUGUCUGUUCAGAAGCCACAACCAAGGGUUCUUAUUUAAACAAUGGCAGCAACACAGCCUCCAGCCAUGAGCAGACAACUUCUCAAAACAUGGGCUCCCCAUUUCUGCUGGCAGGGUUGAUUGGGGGGGCAGUGAUAUUUGUCCUUGUGGUCUUGCUCAGCAUCUUUUGUUGGCAUAUGCACAAAAAGGGACGCUACACCUCUCAGAAGUGGAAAUAUAACCGGGGCCGGCGGAAAGAUGAUUACUGCGAGGCGGGGACCAAGAAGGACAACUCCAUCCUGGAGAUGACGGAAACCAGCUUCCAGAUUGUCUCCUUAAAUAACGAUCAACUCCUUAAAGGAGAUUUCAGACUGCAGCCCAUUUAUACCCCAAAUGGGGGCAUUAACUACACAGACUGCCACAUCCCCAACAACAUGAGAUACUGCAACAGCAACGUCUCAGAAUUGGAGCACUGUCAUACGUGAUAGUGAGGGGAGAGGCAUGUAGAACUGUGACUAAAAACUCUGGAAAAAAAAUAAACCCACACACAAACACAAAAAUUACAUUUGAUAAAUGUUACACAGAUGCGUUUGUGCAUUUGAAUACUCUGUAAUUUAUACGGUGUACUAUAUAAUGGGAUUUAAAAAAAGUGCUAUCUUUUCUAUUUCAAGUUAAUUGCAAAUGGUUUUGUAACUUUUUGCUUUUUAAAUCUUUAAAAAUAUAUUGCUGAAGUACUGUACAGGGUUGUACAAUAAGAACCCAAUGCCAUGGCAAAGGAAAGAAUGACUCAUUCUUCAAACAUUAACCACUUUGCUGUCGAAGCUGUUUAAGGAAUGUGGGUUCCUAGGUAGUCUUGUAGUAAAGGAUAUAAGUGCAUAUUAAAAUAGGGUUGUUAGGGAUUGGCCAAGACAGUUCAGAUAAUAUGAGUAUAACGCUUCAGACCCAAACUCAUAAUGGACUUCUGACGUGCAUGCAAGUUGGAAUAGCUCUGUUCCCCAUCUGUCACUUAAACCUGCCUCUGUAUUUCAUGGUUCCAACAAGGGUUUUUUUGUUUGUUUUUGUUUUGUUUUGUUUUCCUAAAGUACUGUUUUUAUAGGGUUUUCCCUGUCAUUUCUGAAAAUGGAAAAAUGCAAACCCACAGCAGUAAAUCUGAGUGCCCACUAUUCAUAUUAGCAAGAAUUCCUCUGAAAAGAUCCCCAAAAUAUCACAUAGAUUUGCAUUCAUCCAACUGAAAUAUGACACGUGUGGCCAAGUUCAAUGGAAGAUGAGAAUACUUAGUGCUUAUCAGGUUGCCAUGAUACUUAUCAGGUAUCAGGUCACUUUCUCUUGUAAGAGAACAAAUUUGCUCACCUAUCAUGUUUGAAUAAAGCCUGAACUUCUGACAUGCUAAUCCUUGCCUCUAUUGAAAACCAAUGUCCAAAUUCUUUAGGAUUUGUUGUGCUUUGAAACAGCUGAUCCAAAAUCCAUUUAUCUCAAUUAAAAGUCUCCUGGUUUUGAGGGACUUUGGAUCAGGCCCAGGUUGUUUUAAUGACUGGAAAUAAGUUCAGUGUACAGAAAUAAGAGGAAAUAAUAUAGUAACUGAGAAAGAUCAUUCCUCAGACAUGCUAUGAACUGAAUUCAGUUUGGGGGGUGGGGAACAAUUCAAAGUCACAUUUUUUUAGGUGCAUAUACUUGAGCACUAAUUAAGCCUUUGAUUUGUUAAGGAAUUUGAAUGGAAACAAAUCUCCCCCAUGUGUUUCAUUCCCUCUUCUUUUAUCCAGAGCCCUUUUGGAUUAUUUCCAAAAUAAGUAGUACUUGGGCCUAGAUUUUGCUCUCUCAGUUUGUCACUUGGAAUCACUUCUGCAUCUCUAAACUUUACACAUAUUCCAUAGACCAUCAUGCUACAUUAAAAACAUGAUAUUGCUCUGAAAGUCGCAUUGCAUUCCAGCAGCUCCAUUGACUCCUCUGUGUGCCAAGAGCUUUGGAUCUCUUGCCAGUUCAAUGGUGGGAUUUGAUUCUCCAAGGUUUUUUUUUUGUUGUUGUUGUUUUUUUUCCACUUUGGCUCACUUUUUCUCCUGAGCCUAUGGGACAAGCAAAAGUUCAUAACACAGAGGAAGAAGACUAGACAAAUAUAAUAAGGCUCCAUGAAAAAAAAAAAAAACAUGUAGGCUAGUUCUUCAAAGCUUGUCUGAGAGGGAAGGUAAUCAGAGAGAAAGCUUGCUACAGUGACCACACAAGGGACCAAUGGAAAUUGCUAUUAAAUGUGGGCUUGUAAUUUAAACUUGGAAAACUUAGGGUUACACUAAGUUGGCUGCUGAUGUUAGGAGAGAAGUCUGUAAUCCUUUCCUUUGUGCAUAUCAUCAUACCCACCAUCCCUGAGCUGAAGGAGUCUUUGAGUGUACAGUUUCAAAAAUGGUAUGAAAACAUUUCUAUUCUGCAAUGAAGAGAUGAAUCAGAUGCUUGAUGAUAGACAGCAUAGUACAAUCAUUAUAUAAGGAUCUACAUCCUCCCUUCCAACCCCUUUUAUAAUCACCUUUUGGAAUUCCAAUCUAUAUUCUGUAUAUUUGCUAUUUUCUCCAGCUAUAACAGGUAUUUUAGGCAACCUGUGUGGCUACUGUAAUAGUAAAGUCACUAAAAUUUUGCUAAAUAAAAGGCUGCCAUAUGAUUUCAAAUUGUGUAAUUUUAGGUAGAAAUGUCUAUGCAAAGUGUUUUUGCUAUUGUGUGACCCAUUUGCUGAAGAGAACUGAGAGAAGGUUGGUAUUUUUGAUCUGUGUGUUUAAUAUGUUGUAGCUGGCAAGGCCCCACAAGAUAAUCAGUGAGACAUGCGCGCAUGUGCCCACACCUGUGGCAUGCUAUAUACAUAAGAGUUUGUUUAGAUGGAGUCAGUGAAUUCAUUCUGGGCAUGGAUGUAGUAUUUAAUUUCACUACAAUAGCUAGCUGUACAUUCGAUUUGCAAAGCUAUCUCACGUAUUUGACUGUGGCUCCCAACCUCUAGUACAGCAACCAGUACUGAUACUUUAUGAUUUGAUGACUGACGUCAUGAAAGCCAUCACCCUACCUUAAUGACAAUCAUCUGUGCUAGGCUUCAAGACAUCAUAGGUACUAGAUUUAGGUGAGCAAGUCAUACCAAAUGACCUAUUUAGUAAACUUAUCCCUUCUAUUUGUGAAUAAUCUACAAAAAUAAUUUAAAUACUAUACAUAUUCUUCCUAUAUAAAUAUGACUAUCCAUGUAAAUAUGAUUCAAUCCAGGAGUGAACUGUUCAAUUUGGCUAUGUCUAGACUAUUUACUAUUUGAGGCAUAGGAAUAGGUCACCUAAGUCUUAAGCCAUUUCUUAUGCUCUAUGAGUGGAUUAUAGAACCACUUACAAAUAGAGGGAAGGAAAUCAGACUUCAAACAUGGCAAUGUCUGCACUUUUGGUAAAAAAAACAGACAAACUUGUGCAAAUACAUAUUGGCAUGGAAUGUUCUUUGAACUAAUUUUCUAUGAUUGUCCUUGUGCAAAAGAAGACACAUAUUGAAAAGAGGUGAAAACACUGUCUACACCAAUGAUUCUCAACCAGGGUUUCAAAGAUGAUCCUUUUAAGGGGGCCCUGGGGUGCCAUGCAAUAUUAACACCAUUAGGUGAGCAAACAUCCACACAAGAUCCAGAGAUUUCAUUAAUAGUGUCAAACAUUCUGACCUUUUAUGGUCUUUGUGAGUUCUUUGCUACAGAAGAAUUGCUGUAUUAUUUUUCCAGGAUCAAAAAAAUGAGUGAAAGCUUAGAGCUUCUUUUUUUUUGUUUUUUGUUUUUUUAGGGAGGCAGGGAGAAAGGAAAAAAGGGGUGCUUAAGUCUAUAAAAGUUGAAAACCACUGGUCUAUACAAUUCAUAGUUUUGUUCACACAAGUAUUCAGACAGUGUUUUGAAAGUAUAUUAUCCAGCUCUGCUAGCCACCUCCUAACCAAUUUAAUGAACUUUAACCUACAAAAGAAUUUGAGUUGUUUCAAACAAGCUGC